AUGGCCAACAGCAACCUCCCCCGCCGCAUCAUCAAGGAGACGCAGCGGCUGCUCAGCGAGCCAGCUCCAGGAAUCAGUGCCUCGCCAUCAGAGGAGAACAUGCGCUACUUCAAUGUCAUGAUCCUUGGACCGUCGCAGUCACCAUAUGAGGGAGGAGUUUUCAAGCUCGAGUUAUUCUUGCCUGAAGAUUAUCCAAUGGCUCCACCAAAGGUUCGUUUUCUCACAAAAAUUUAUCACCCUAACAUUGACAAGCUUGGUAGGAUAUGCCUUGAUAUUUUGAAGGACAAGUGGAGUCCUGCCCUUCAGAUUCGAACAGUUUUAUUGAGCAUCCAGGCAUUGCUUAGUGCUCCAAACCCUGAUGACCCGCUUGCCGACAAUGUGGCGAAGCACUGGAAGGCUAAUGAAGCUGAAGCUGUAGAAACAGCUGCUAGAGCUCAGGCCAACCAGACCGCACCACCUCUACCUGGAGCAGCGCCGAUGCCAGGAGGGGAGGACAUGGAUGCGGCUGUCCCAAACACGUCCAUCAUCGCUGCAGGACCUCCACUCAACGACGGAUGA